UUCACUCUCUGAGAAACUAUGCGGCAGCCUUGAACACUUCCUCAUUUCUCAGACAGUGUGUGUGGAGCUCUGAACCGGGACAGUCAGAAAUGUUCGUCUUCCCAUUCUUCUCUGCAGCCACCUGGACUCUGGUGGCUCUGUUCUCCAGCCUCUGCUACCUGUACAGCAUCUGGCCUUAUAGGUUCUUCAAACGUCUGGGGAUCCCAGGACCGAGACCUCGGCCGUUUAUUGGAACUCUUCACUACUUUAAAAAGGGGAUUUAUAGGUUCCACCGCGAGAGCCAAGCCCAGUACGGGGACAUGUGGGGGUUGUACGACGCCCGGUCACCAGUGUUGAUGGUGGCCGACCCUAAGAUCAUCGAGACGGUGAUGGUGAAGGAGUGCUACUCCAGCUUCACCAACCGCAGGGACCACCCUGCAGCCGGACCCCUGGCCGACGCCAUCACCCUGGUCAAAGACGACACUUGGAAGCGGAUUCGUCGCACUUUGACUCCGUGUUUCACCAGCGAACGACUAGAGCAGCUGUUUCCCUCGGUGGCGCCGUACGCCGACCGACUUCUGAAAAAACUUGAAGGAGUCGCAGAGGACGAGGCCGUUGAUGUCAAACAGUUUGUGGCUCCGUUCAGUCUGGAUGUCGUGACCAGCGCUUCUUUUGGUAUCGAGGCUAACGCCCUGAACGACCCCCACGACCCCAUGAAUGUUCAUCUGGAGAAGAUCGUGAACUUCAAAGUCUGGCCUUUCCUGCUGCUCAAGAUUUUUCCUUUCAUCGGCUUCCUGUUCAAACUUCUGAAACUUGACGUGCUUCCAAUGAAGAGUUUGGAUUAUUUUUACGACACCAUCCAGAGGUUGAAGGACCAGCGCAGUACAGACGACUCUAGUGGAGUCGACUUCCUGCAGGUGAUGAUCCAGAGCCAAAUUCCAGAGACGGAGAUAAAGAGAGAACAGGAUCAGCCCAGUGAAGGUCUGACUGAACACGAGAUUCUGUCCCAGGCUUUUAUUUUCAUCUACGGAGGCUACGAGACCACCAGUGUCACCCUCACCAACACCCUGUACAACCUGGCCACCAACCCUGCCGUGAUGAACAAACUGCAGCGAGAAAUCGACGGCAGUCUGCCCGCAGAUUCACCGGUUCCAUACGAGGCCCUGCUCCGUCUUCAGUACCUGGACCAGGUUAUCUGCGAGUCCCUGCGCCUGAUGCCUCCGUUACCUCACCUCGAGAGAGUGUGUAAAAAAAACCUCCAAAUCAACGGCGUCACCAUCCCCAGAGGAACUCCGGUUGUGGUUCCUGUUAACGUUUUACACCACGAUCCGCGUUUUUGGACCAAACCGGGGCUGUUCAGACCUGAGAGGUUUGAUAAGGACAGUGAUGAAGAGGUGAACCCGUACGCCUACAUGCCGUUCGGCCUCGGUCCUCGCAACUGCAUCGGGCUGAGCUACGCGGUGCUGGUGGUGAAGAUGGUUCUGGUCCGUCUCCUGCAGCGGUACAACGUGGAGCCGUGCUCAGAAACCAUGAUUCCUCUGGAGUUUAACUGGAAGGCUCAGCCGCUGCGACCAAUCAAACUCAGGUUUGUUCCCAGACGGCGUUAGUUUCCUGAAGAAACGGCGUUCAACAUCCUGCCGAACCAGUCACGUUUAUUACAUUUUGUCAUUUUUUUUGCCCAACAGUUUGUGUAACUGAAAUCAACAGCAAAGUAUUUUUUUAAAGUUGAAUGUUGUUUUUUUAUGUUUAAUUUGAUGAGUUUUGAUUGUAAUUUCGAGUUUACUUGAAUUUAAGUAUUUUUUCGGGUUUUUUAUUUCAAAUGUGUGAUGUGUGUCCUUUUACCUUUGUGUUUAAUAAAAAGAACGCCGCGCUUUGAACUCGUGCAUUUAGUAAUUGUCUCCCUCUAGCGGAGGACACAGGUAAGACAUCUGCAAUGUACGUACUUGCAAACAUUUUGUUUCUUGUUCCUGGUAUCUGGUAAAACUGAAGAAAUGAGGUAAUCAAUUAUAAUAUAAAUGAGAUAAUCAGGUUUUUAUUUUUUUAAUAAAUUUCAAACAAGUACAAAUUAAGACUUGGAUAAAAAAA